AUGGCCGAGAUCUCUGGUCUCAGAGAACAAAUUCUUGCAAACUAUGGUUUCAUGGGGCAAGCUCAGUCUGUGUCCGACGUCGACAUUGUUGUGAGAUACGUGCAUCAAAAAUACUACCGCGCCACGAUCGCGGACAAGUCCACUGGUCAGAAUGUUUGUGACGAAGCACAUAACGCCAGGACUAUUGAGACUGCAUUGAAGUCACUUCUGACUUACACUUGCGAACUACUUGCUCACCCUCCUAAUAUGCUUGGUACUGGUUCUUCACAAGCACUAGCAAGUCCGACAGUGAAGCGUGGUCGUGGAAGACCCAAGAGUACCCUUGCUGCUCCAACCCCAUCUGUGGUCAAGCCAAGCGCGAAAAGAGCCGCUCCAGCAGCUAGACCAAUGAUUGUCGCCCAGGUGAAGCCAAAUGGAUUAGCUACUCGUGGUCGCGGUAGACCGAGAAAGGCUGAUGCUGCUCCGACUGCACCAGUCGUCGCUCCCGAUGCAGUCUCGACUAUCAAGCGAGGUCGUGGCAGACCACGCAAGAAUGCAGCAGUAGCUAUUCCUGAGGAUACAGAACAGUAUCAGCAAGACGUCGCUGUACCAGCAAAGCGUGGAAGGGGUAGACCCAAAAAGGUCGAUUCAACGCCGGUCGCAGCCAAACUAAAGCGCGGUAUGUCUGCCCUCGAAGAAGAGGAGACCGGAGCCAACAAAUCACGCAAAAUCACCAGCGACGAAGAGCUACAAGACAGAAUCAGCGCAGACGAACUCGGCGACGAAGCAGGUCAGGCGGCUCCGCUCAGUUUUCAGACUCCUCAAGUAUGGUUCCCGACUUACGUCUCCAGAGUUGCCAGAACUAUCUAUCACAGCGUCGCAGGCCAUGGAGCAGAUAGAGGCUUGACUGAGGAUGAGAUCAUGAUCCGCACGGGUCUUUCAAUGGAGGAUGUCAUCACUGGAGUCAGACAGCUGAACGAGAAGGGAGGCAUCAUCAAUGUUGCUACCGAGGCUGAUGAGAUGAAGUGGACUGUGCUGGACGAAUGGGAGGACGAGGAUGGCUCGUAG